AGUAAUUCACUUUAAUCAAGUAAUUAAACGAAUGAAUAAUUUGUUUGGUAAAUAAAGAAAAGCAAAGAUUAAUUGACUUACCAUGAUAAUGAUGUUGAUUGGAAACAAUUAAUUGGUGUUAAACAGUUGAUUAUUUUUUCAGGUUAAUUGUUACAUUAAAAUGAUGAGGGUUAAUCAAUUAAUCAAUCGGUUAAUCAUAAACAAAAAAAUUAGGUGAAAAUCAGUUAAUAAGACAAGUUGAUUAUUAUUGUUGAUCUUUUGUUCAUCCAAAGAUCACAAAGACUAAACAACAACAAGAAACAAACAAGAAAAUGAUGAUUAAUUUGUUGACAAUAUUUUCCGUUUAUUUAUUGAUUUCCAAUGUAAUUGUGAUAAUUGAAUGUCAAGAUUAUUCUGCUUAUCUGAAUAAUCGUAUAUUCCAACCAUGUAUGAAGCCAGUUUGCUACGAAGAUGUUGGUUGUUUUCAACCUUUUCGCUUACAGGCCUACGUUGGCCUACCUCCGGUCGCCGCUUGCCCUCAACCUCCCGAUGAACUUGGUGUCGAUUUCCGAGUAAUGAGAUAUAACAAUUCCUAUGAAUUUUUCAAUCUUUUCGGUAUAACACCAAAUUCAUCUGUUGCCUACAUUAUUCCAGGAUAUCGUUCAGAAUACACUGAACUGUUCAACAUGGAACUAGUCGAUGGCCUAUUAAAACAUUACGAUCAAAUUAUUUUAGUUCGUUGGGAUCUUGGAGCUAAUCCAUCAUUAGUAUUUGAUAUUCCGGUUACCCGAUAUAAUAAAUUCUUGGCUGCUGCAAAUUCAGAAGCCGUUGGCAGGAUAAUCGGCAAUUCAAUUGACUAUAUUGUUAACAAUCGUUCAGUUAAUCCGGAUAACAUUACCCUGGUUGGCCAUGGGCUCGGUGGUAAUACAAUUCACUUUGCAGCCGAAUGGAUUAAGGAUAAAUAUAAUCUCACCAUCGGUAAAGCCGUUGUUCUGGAUCCUGAUGCAAUUCCAUUCUAUUUUUCGAAUAAAAAAAUCUCUGGUAAAGGUGAUGCUAAGGUUGUCGAUGUGAUUCAUUCAACUUUCGUUGCUCCAGUUCCAGUUUUAGGUCAACGAUUUGCUGGUAAUACUAAAACUGGAGCAUUAACACCAACCGGUGAUUCUGAUUAUUUUAUCAAUUUUCCCGAUUCAUGGAAUGAUCAACCGGGUUGUGAUGGACUCGAAUUUUGUUCAUCGUCUUUCUCGGUCAUGACCUAUGCCGCUUAUCUUCAUGGUUGUACCUUUGAGACUAAACCUUGUUCUGGAAAUAUUUUCCAACGAUUCACCUCCAAGGAGAUUGGACUUGAUAGCACGGAAACGGGGCCACAAGGACGAAUCUGUAUCAAGGUAUCAGAGAAACCGAUAAAAAAGUGCCCAUAUAAAUCAUCUUAAUCCAAUCAAUCAAAUCAAUCAAAUCAAUACACAAAGAGAGAGAGAGAAAAAAAAUACAAAUGUAAUUUGUUAAUCAUUCAAUUGAAUUUACAUUUUUCCCUCAUAAUUUAUCCCAAAUUGUUUAACCAUUAUCAUGAUUCAUUUGUUACAUAUGAUUAGCUCAUUCUCAUCAUCAUAUAUUAAUUAUCAUCAAAUGACAUCAGUUCAGUUUCAAGAACCAUCACCAGUUAAUCAGCAGAUAAUGAUGAUUAAAACAACAAACAAGAGUAACAAUCAUGAUGAUAAUUGUAACCAGAAUAAUGAUAAUAUUAACUAACCAGAAAAAAAAAAUAUAUUAUACCAAAUGAUUAGCAUUUGAUUUCCACUCUCAAGGAAAAACAAUCAAAUGAAUCCAUGUUAACAAUCAUUUGAUAACAAUUGAUAUAUAUAAAAAAACGUAAUAUAAUACAAAAUGUUUAACAUAAA